AUGACAGACGCUCAAACUAUUUUCGAUGUUGAGGCGGCAACUGCUGCACCAAAGAGGUACUCGGACACCAAUAUACAAACCGUUCAUCAGGUCAUCGCGAUAUCAGAAGACAGCCUUAACUCUGUCCUCGCAACACGCUUCGACAUCUCUCUCAAACGGAAGAAGGACAAGCGGCUGCGCGAUUUUCACCAUGCCAUACCAGAUAACGGAGAGAUGAUCGCGACUCUAGGAGUUCCUCGCAUCCAGAUGUCUGUGCCGGAGGCACCUGAAUCUGUAUACUUUUACCUCAAUCUCAAAAACGGUUUCUUUGAAUACUGGACUGGGACUGGCCCCCGAGCUGAGAAGAAGAAACAGGACGUGACUGGUUGGUCUAUCGCAUUUAAGACGUCGUUCAGUCUCGCGAAACUUGCCGCGGUCCCAGAAGAAAUUGCUGAAAAGAUCACCAUCUUGCACCCCGGAUCUUAUUCGGCGUCCCAAAUUCUUUUGAGCUUUAGCGCGGCUGCUACCGCUGAACUUAUCUGGAGCGCAAGCAAAUGCCCUGGCAUGACAGAGAACAGCUCACUCAAAGUCAAGUCGCAGAAUAUGUUUGAAGAGUACAUGAAGACAUACAUAGGUCAUUUGGCAACUGGUCCAUAUUCUGUCUUGGGAUAUGCUAUCAACGUGGACGACAAGUCUGCCCUUGAAAAGCUGGCUGCACCAUCAUUUCCUGCCACAAAGGUGAAAUGCAGCACUCAGGAUUACGUUCCCCAAACGGAUCAGUUCAAGAAGUUUUUCCCCCAACGCGGUGGUCUCGAUGCUCUGAUCUUCGAAGAGAUGACUGGGAUUUCAGAUUUCCCGGAUUUGCCUUACUACCCCUCUAAGGCGGGCAAUUGGAUAGUUGGUGGCGUGAAUGCUAGUCUAACGAUGUCGAAGAAGAUCUUUUGGGAAGACUACCUCCUGGAAAAGUUGAAAUACUUGAACAUGCAGUGCAUCACUGUAGCAAAUGACUCGUGGUACUGGGUCAGGCAAUGGAAGGACCUUAAGAUGACUGGAAAUGAUUGGAUUCUAGAUAAGGAUUCCAAGCCCACUUCAGCGCCGUGGGUUUCAGGAGAUUCUGGUGCGACUUUCAACUGGACAACCAAGAAUCUGAACAGUGAGAACUCUUUGUUCGGUGGCCAGUGGAGGGACAACUGGGAUACGACGAUAGCAAACGCCAUGCAGUGGGAUGAAGCAAAGUCCACAGUCAACAUCUCGGUCUCCAUAGCUCAAAACCGCGAUCAUUGGAAUGGUGGUCAUGGUGGUGGCACCGACAGUUUGUCAGGAGGCAAAACAAAGAUUGCCUGGAAGAUGACGGUGGACCUUUCCACCAUCAAAGAUGGUGAACUCGACGUAGCAGUAACCACUACCACUCCCGAACUAUCUUACAUCUACGAUUCGACUUCACUAGCAUGGGACUGGCUUUUUGGUGGUUCGGGCAAGGCUUCGUUUGAAAAUGCCGCCAAAAACACCAUGACACAGGGUAUUGACACCACGAACAUCGCAAGCGACUUGAAAACAUCACUUGCAGGGCAGUCCAAAUUCGUUUUCCCAGGCGCGGGAGACUUCUUCAUGAAAGACGCGAAGUUCAACAAGAGAGGCGAUCUGCUCAUCAACCUAUCGUUUAUCGCCAAAGAGAUCGCUAUUGAUGAGCAUUUCUAUCUUCAAGUCUCGUCAACGGAUGAGUCCCUUAAGAGCAAGUGGAUCAAGGUGAACAAUGACCAAGAUGAUAGUCCUUUGAGAUUGGUGGGAACGCAGCAGGAAGCAACCCUGUUUCAAGUCGACAAUGGCAACCUUGUCGUCGAUAAAGAUGGUUCACCAACUGGCUCUGUCGCUAUCACAAGAGCCCUGGUCCCGGCCAAUGACAGGACGGUAGACCUUCUGUUUGUGACCCAAGCGACGAACGACAGUAAGAAGGCUGGUGAGUCAGACGAUGAUUUUGCUGCACGCCGCAUUGCCGAGAAGGUCGAAGUUUCAAGGACAGGCGACUCAUUCAGCUACUCUGUGGAAAAGGGCAAGUGGCGUGACAAUAAAUUCUGGAUGGCUACAUAUGCCCUUGAUUACGAGACCAAGUCAAAGGUCCAGCUGUAUGUCGGCGACCCUAAAGACAAUGGUCCUUACACUGUAUUCGAGCUCUAUGCGGUAUUUGCAAAGGCGAAAUAG